AUGGCUGCAUCAAGUUCAGGUGGACCCUCUAAACCGCAGGAGUUAGAGGCCCGUGUUAUAACAGCGGCACAAGAUAUAAUCAACAGGUUAGCUCAAAGUCUUCAGCAACCUAAUACCACAUGUAUACCAAAUGCUGAACACUCUCACGAGCACUCAGGUGGACAAGCCCAGACCCCAAAAGAUACAGUGCAGACGGAGAUGGUGGUCAAGCAGGACCUUGAUCUUACUCCUCUUCCAUCAGAUGCAGCUGAAUUUCAAACCAUGCCAAAGGCUUCUUGCCAGGUGUGCAAGGAAAGUAUGCCUCUGCAUAUCCUAGCACUCCAUGUCAACAAUUGUGUGAAGUCUCAGUCAACAGAAGAGGAAGAUGAGACUGAUGUCCAGCUUCUGUCUGUCAUGAAUUCACCAAGCUUUUGUAGAGAGCCUCUUGACAUGAAGCAGGACAUGAAAGAAUGCCCAAUCUGUCUUUGCUGCUUUCCAGUGAAUGAGAUUGCCCAGCAUGCAAGCCUGUGUGGUGAAAGACCUGAGGACACUUCCACUCACAUGACAGACGUUUAUGUCAGUACUGACUCUGAGUGCAGUGUGCCAAGCAACAGAACAGAUCCUUUGACUGAUUUAGUCAGUGAAGCAGAUGUGCUACAAUGGCUUUCAAGUCAGGUGGAUACCAGCAAAGACUUUAGGAUUUGCAUCACUCGGAAUGAUCUUGUUCAAAGAGGCUUCAUUCAGUGGCAACGACAGAAGAAGGGUUCCCCUGCCAACAAACUCCACGUGACUUUUAUCGGAGAAGCAGGAAUUGAUACUGGUGCAUUAAGCAAAGAAUUUUUGACUGAAAUGAUGCAUGGUAUUGAGACUCGACUGUUUGAAGGCAGUGGCAAGAAGGGAAAGAGUCCUGUCUAUUCUAUCAGUGAUUUAGAAAAUAGUUUCUACAGAACUGCAGGAGAAGUGUUUUCAGUGAGCCUUGCACAGGGAGGUCCACCACCAUGCUUCCUUAGAAGCUGGUGUUAUCAGUUUCUUGCAACAGGAAACUUCGAUGCGCUUCAGCUGACCAAAGAUGAUGUGGAUGACACUGAAUAUAGGUCUCUAAUUGAAAAGGUGGAAGUGGCAGACAACCUGACAGACCUCACUGAAGACAUUGUGAGCUGUGGUUACACAGGACUUGUGAAGCUGGACAAACGGGACAGUAUAAUAAGAUCAAUUGUUGUGCAUGCUACGGUGCGUCUGACUCCAAUGCUACAGCAAAUUAGAAAUGGCAUGAAGAUCUACAACCUUCUGGAGGUGAUUGGAAGGCACGAAAGUCUCUGUUCAAACCUGUUUGUUCCCAGAGAUGAGAAUGAUGAUACAGCGGUAAAUACUGAUUACAUAAUGAGCAUCCUUGAGCCUGAGCUGAGUGAGAGGGGAAGUCCAAGGCAUGCCAAAGAAAAUGCCAUCAUCAACUUCUUCCAAGACUUCCUGGAGAAUCUUGAAAGCUCAGGGCAUGAUUAUCCCACCCGUUCUUGAAAGUGUCAAGGUCCUUCUGCAGACGUUCCACAAAGAUGUACUGAGCACAGAACAGGUGGAGGCUGUUGGAGGGGUCAAGCAGGCAGUCUUCCUCAAGGUUGUGAAGUAGCUCAUAAUAAACACUGGUUACAGCCAUCCAGACAUCACGCCA